AUGAAGAAAUACUCCAUUACCCAUAAGGUUUCUAUAUCUUUCCACCCACAAACUUGUGGCCAAGUUGAAGGGGCUAAUAGGAAAAUUAAACAGAUUUUAGAAAAUACCGUAAACCCUACCCGAAAGGAUUGGUCUCUGCGCUUAGUUGAAGCAUUGUGGGAUUACCGAACCGCUUUUAAGACUCCACUUGGGAUAUCUCCGUAUAGAAUUGUCUUCGGUAAAGCCUGCCACUUGCUUGUAGAAUUAGAACACCGAGCUUAUUGGGCCAUUAAACGGCUAAACUUUGACUUAUCUACUGAUGGUGAUCACCGUAGACUGCAACUCAAUGAGUUAGAGGAAAUUCAUAAUGAUUCUUACCAGAGUGUGAAAAUUUACAAGGAGAAAACAACAAUAUUUCAUGAUAAAUCGAUUAUUCGAAAGACAUUUGAACAGGACAAAAAAGUUCUCCUUUACAAUUCUCAUUUACAUCUUUUCCCUGUUGAAGUUGAAAAUCCUAAGAACGGAGAAACUUUCAAGGUUAACGCUCAACGGUUGAAACCAUUCUUGGAGUUACCCGGUCAUGCAAUAGAAGAAUUGGAGCUUAGGGAUCCUGUCUACCAGGAUUAA